AUGUCCGAAAAGGCCGUUAGAAGGAAGCUUGUUAUUAUUGGCGAUGGUGCCUGUGGGAAAACGUCUUUACUAUAUGUAUUUACGUUAGGAAAGUUCCCAGAACAAUACCACCCGACAGUGUUUGAGAAUUAUGUUACCGACUGCAGGGUAGACGGAAUAAAAGUGUCCUUAACUCUUUGGGAUACAGCGGGGCAAGAAGAAUAUGAACGUCUUCGUCCAUUUUCAUACUCGAAAGCAGACAUAAUAUUGAUUGGGUUUGCCGUGGAUAACUCUGAGUCCCUAAUCAACGCAAGGACAAAAUGGGCUGACGAGGCGUUACGAUAUUGCCCCGACGCGCCGAUCGUUCUUGUGGGUUUGAAGAAGGAUUUGAGGCAGGAGGCCCAUAUCAAAGAAAAUGCUGUAGACGAAAUGGUUCCCGCCGAAGAUGCAAAACAAGUGGCGAGAGCCAUUGGUGCCAAAAAAUACAUGGAGUGUAGUGCAUUGACUGGGGAAGGUGUUGAUGAUGUCUUCGAAGUAGCUACGAGAACUAGUCUGUUAAUGAAGAAGGAGCCAGGGACGAAUUGUUGCAUAAUUUUAUAA